AUGUCGAAAUGCUAUCUACAACAGGCAUAGUAUAUGCCAAGAACGAGACGGUCAAUAAUUCCACUGGUUUGGAUAAUAUAAAUAGACCCGGAGUAGACACAGAUAUAAAAACAUCUUCUUCACUGAAAAGCCUAAAGUAUUCACUCAUAGACAUGCUUAUAAUCGGUUUCGUCUGCAUCACCACAACCGCCAUGUUAUCAGUAUCACUUAGUAUAUUGUACUUUAAAUACGAUUGUAAACAAGAAGAACCCGAAGAAAAGAUUAGAUCUUAUGAAGACUUGCAUUCGGCCUCGUCGUCAACAGGUGGAUAUGCCAAUGUGAACUGAUCGCAUCUUAGUGACCAAUCAUACUGUACGAAUAGAGUGCAAUGUACAUUUUCUCAUAAUAGUUGAAUUCAUACAAGAAAAUCGUUUAUCUGUUGUUUUUUUUU